UGACUGUGUGUUUACGUGUGUGUGUGUCUCAUAGCGUGUCUGCGGGACAAAAUGUGCAUGUUUACUUCACAAAGUUUAGCGGCUCAUUGACGGAAGCAGCGCGCGACACUCGCAGGAAUCUAGCAGCGGCUCGAGCGACGGAGAGAACGUUUACCGUGAGAAAGUCGCUCCUCCUCACAGGCCAUGGCGCCAUGUGGAGGCAAGGGGUUAAGGUUCUUGGGGCCCAACGUGUACUCGGAGGCUCCUGACGGCGGCUGGGGAUGGAUGAUCGCUGUGGCCUUUUUCUUGGUGGAAGCCUUCACCUAUGGCACCAUCAAAAGCUUUGGUAUCUUCCUCCAGGACCUGAUGGAGGAGUUUGGAGAGACCAACAGUCGGGUCUCCUGGGUCGUUUCCAUCUGUGUGUUUGUCAUGACCUUCAAUGCUCCUCUCUCCUCUGUGAUGACUAACCGCUGUGGCUUCCAAGUUGUUGUCAUGACUGGAGGGUUCCUCAUCUCCUCGGGCACCAUCGCCACCAGCUUCACCAGCUCCAUUAACGAAAUGUACAUCACAUAUGGAAUAAUUGCAGGCCUGGGCUACUGUCUGACCUUUCUGCCCACUGUGACCAUCCUUUCCCAGUACUUCAACCGCAGACGAUCACUGGUUACAGCUGUGGCGUCUACUGGAGAGUCCUUGUCGAUGUUUGCGCUGGCACCAGCCUUUUCUGCAUUAAGGGACCGCAUCGGCUGGCGACAUACCAUGGCAGUGAUAGGAGCUCUGCAAAGCAUCAUCAUCAUCUGUGGAGCGCUGCUUCGUCCCAUCAUUAUCAAACCCAGAGGGAGCAGGAUGACAGAGAUUGACACAUCGUCCCCAAAAGAACUCGAAGCCCUCAGUACAGGAGAGAAUGCAGAGGGCACGAACCCAGAGGACUCUGUGACGACGGACAAUGAGCUAACCAGAGCCUCUGUGAGCACUGGAGACUCUGGUGUUCAGUCUCUGAAGGACACCGACAGCAGCAGCCCAGAGGAGAAUACGCUACUGCGCAAAGAAGCGAGGUUAGAGCUGGAACAGAAACCUGUGGAACACAUUGAGGUGGAGGUUAAAGAAUCUGAAGCAGAGGACAAAACGGACAGAGAUGCAGAUAAACAAGUGAUGAAUAAUGAAGAAAUCAAAUCGGUCAAUGAAAAGCUACCUGCAAAGAAGCCUAAACUCUUGGAUUUUUCCAUCCUCAAAGAGUGCAGCUUCAUUUUGUACUCUCUGUUCGGACUGUUUGCCACUCUGGGCUUCUUCGCCCCUCAACUAUACGUCAUUGAGCUGAGCGUGAGUCGAGGUGUUGAACGGGAUCGCGCCGCCUACAUGCUCUCCACCAUGGCUGUGGCUGAAAUCUUGGGUCGAUUCGCCAUCGGAUGGAUCCUGACGAGGAAGCAGGUCAGGACCAAGAAGCUUCUCGUGCUUCUGGCAUGUGUGAUUGCAAUGACUAUGGACCUGGUGGGAUUUACUUUGGUUACAGAGUUCUAUGGCCUGGCUGUGUGCUGCGCUGUGUACGGCUUCCUGAUGGGAACACUGGCAUGCACCCACAUCCCCAUGCUGGCCGAGGAUGAUGUGGUGGGCAUAGAGAGGAUGUCUUCAGCUGCUGGCGUCUAUGUGUUUAUCCAGAGCUUUGCUGGGCUGGCUGGACCACCGCUUGGAGGAGUGCUGGUGGACGUGACUCAGAACUACGGAUCGGCCUUCUACUCCUGUGCGGCCGGCAUGGCAGUGAGCGCCCUGUUCUUGGGUUUGGUAAGACCUGCUAAGAAAGGACUGCUCUGUAGGAGGAGAAGCUCAAAAUACUCUGAAGACGUACAUGAAAGGACAGCGGCGUCUCAGGAACGGAGUGAAGAGCAGAAACCGGACAAAAGAACAAGCGGUCCAAAUGACUGCAGCGAAUCUGAUGCCAACUUUGACAACAAUCAGGGGGAGGCUACAAGAGAUGUCGACGACGUCAGACGUUUUGCUUGAGGUGAUCUAGAAUAAGGAUAAUAGAAAGGUAAAGCCAUGUAAGGGGUAAAAAGGUGAAGGCUACUGCAGGCAGACUGCUGGAGUGACAGUGGAGAGAAACACUAAGUGCUUAAUAUCUGCCAUUGUAGCUCUGGUUUCUGAGAGCCAUCUUGAGAACUUUUAGAUCACAAUCUGUAUGUAGCAAUUGUGCCUUAAUUACCUAAUGCACCAAACAGUGUUUUUACAUCAAGUCAGCAACACUAAGAUUAAAAUUAAACUACCUUUAAUUCAUCUUUAAGGAAGUAAGUCAGCGUAUUAUAUAGUCUUGCUGUAAUGUUCACCGGUCUGAGAUGCGACUGGAAGGCUUGGACCUGUUCAAAAUGAAGCAGAAUUGAUGGUACCGUAGAUAUUCCAAAGAGACGUAACACUGCCGCUUGUUAAUUACCUGCCGGUGAUCACUAUUAUAACGAUAGACCAGAAAAACUGUGACGCCAAGUAGCUGCAAGAACACUAAGCUGCACCAGACUCUGUAACACUCGUUGUAGGAAACACACAAAGCUCAGGACUACGUGAUUUAAAGUGUUCAUUUUUAAUCAAGCUGUUAGCAAGUUGACAAUGCACUGUUAUGUAAUAUGGGAUGUCAGACUAUUUUUGUAAUGAAAAUGUGUUGAAUCACAGUAAAGCAACAACCUCUGAA